CGGUUCUUAGACUAAUGUGGGCGAGCCUGGACCUCCCGAGCCGAACCCCCCAGAGAGAUCCAAGCCCAAACGUCUGUGUCUCUCCUCACGAGACCCAACCUGCUCGCCCGCCCCGGCCGAUAACCCACCUCUGUCUUUACUGCUGCCCACCUUGCCUCACAUCACCUCAUGCCUUUUUCUACGGCCACUCAUUUGGAUUUCUGCUCCUGGUUGCUGUAGUUCGUCGCUUCUCAUCUGCCACGGUUGCUUCCGGGAAAGCAGUCGGUUCUUCUCCUGUGCUGUUGGCGAUCCGUCUCUGGCAAUGCCCUCGGGCCUCACGCUCAGUCACCGCACUACGGCUGUUUGGAUGAACCAAAGGGAGACUGCCCCGUCCUCCCCAUAGUCUUCAUCUCGACCACUCACCACCCAUUGCACGUUACCACGGCACUCCAGUGGCCCUCCACCAUCGUACCGGACGCGUCGUGCACGCAUGCACCGACACUCUUCUCCACACAGCCGGCCCAACACACUGGUAGCUCCACGUUGUUGUCCUCCUGUGUCUCCAGUCUCUGUCAUCUCCUGCCGCUGCACGACUUGCAGCCAGCCUGCAUUGACUGCCAGUUGAUUCGGCUGCUUCCUCUGCGUGCCCUACCUAUCUCCGGAAUACUAUCCGCCCCCUGGGCCACUGCAGGCGCCGUUGAAAAUGGACCCUGACUGCGCAAUAUGCCAUGCCCCAGCAACGGCUGCGUGUGACUGCGAGGCAAAGGGCCUCGAGACGGCCAUCCGGCAGGCUGAGGCCCGUAUGAUGCAGUCCAUUUACAAUGACAUCCGCACAUGGGUCAGAUCACACGCACAAGAUUAUAUCCUUGAGUACUUCCGCCUGCUCACCGAUCGACGAAAACAAGCACAUACGGCUCACCUGGACCGCAUCACCAACCACGCCUACCACUUCUUCCACGCACCGCCACACCCCAACGAGAUCGCCGCAGCGCAAGCAGCCCUGAAGCGAGGCAUCGACGAGGACUGGCAGGCCUCAGUGCAGCGGUACCCCGAGGUCCUCGAAUACUUUUACAGCCUUGUCGAACUUACACUACCCCCGGACGACGACCAGGCAGUCCGGGACCCGCCGCUCUCGGCCCUCAGCGGGAGCCGAAAGGCCAGCCGAAGAUCAGGAGGAUUCGCACCCACCGUCGCGUCCGGUCCGAGCGUGGACUACGCCAGGAGGACACCGCCCCCGCUGGCGCCGCCCCCGCGCGGCGGCCGGGGUCCAACGCCCGGACCGCCAGGAAGAGAGCCGCGGUAUUCGGCACCGUACGGGGGGCGACCUCCGUCGGGGUAUUAUCCAGGCCCGCACUACUGAUGGGAUGAGAUGAUUUCCGGGAGCCCUGGUCGCCUCGGGAAUCCCAUCCCACGGACUUGGACGGAAAGAUGAUCCUUACACAAUGGGCUGACGACCCCUUUUCACGAGCGACGAAAACAUGACCGAAGCCUGGCAUCUUCAAAAGCGCACCUGCAUGGCAAUUAAAUCAUUCAAACAACACGCGAUCCAGAGGUUUCUUUCUCCAUUUAAUCCGCCUGGAUCCCAUCUGACGACGUCUAGUCAUUUUUUCUUUUCUUUUUUCUUUUCUGCAUAGCGGGAGACCGUGUCCAUUUAGAUGGUGUUCAAGACAUAUGUUUCUACUUCAACUGGGACAGCAUACGUCCCCCAUCCCCUUUCCGGCCACAACAGGACGGGAGAUAAGGAACAGCCCUACUUGCUUUCUACCUUUCUGGAUUUCAUGCUGGGGCGACGGGCGAAGGUGCUGUGAUAUUCAUCGGCUGAUUCACCAAGGCGUUGGGACCGGGAUGAAGGAGGGACAAUCCAGCGCGGGUUUUGUAUUGGGGUAGUCCAAAUGCAAUCUUGUCUACUCCACGCGGAUGCAAGUUUUCUCCUUGGUGGACGGCUCUCAUCUCACCGUCAUGGCGGCAAUCCAAUCCCAAGGGCAAGGAGUGGCGAUGGACUCUGACCCAUGCCCGCCAACGCUCUGAUCCAGUCACGGCAACCGGGGUACUGGAGCGGGAUGUACGAGCGGGAGACUGGAAAUUGGUUCUCGAUGGUUUCCUGGGGAAUUAUUGAUGAUACCGUCUUUUCUCGGUGGAGGAAGGCUCCGAUGGCCAGGACAGCGGGGCGCUGCAGCUGGCUAGCUACCUCGUCGAGCUGCAGAUCAAACUUGCUUGCUACCAGGAGAGGUAUCUAGACAAUUGAGAAGGUUUACUCA